CUGGUUGGCAGUGGGCAGGCCGGGGAGGAUGGAGAAAGGGUGGCAGGCUGGCAAGGAGUUCUUCAGCUGCCAAAAGUCCUGGCCUGCAGCUCUUGCUUGGGUCAACGACCUCUUUCCUCAGCCAAAGGUAGCCGCUUCCUCCCCCACGCUUCCUGGGGGGAAAGUAUUCGUCUAGCGCCCAGGUGGCCUUCGGCCCAGUUCCACCACUGCUUGCGCCCUCACAGUUGGCAGGUUCUGGGGCCGCGGCUUGAUGCACCUCACCUGCAACGACAUCAGCCAGACAGCCUGCUCUGAAGCCAGUUUCCCACGCCUUCUUUCCCAUCUGCUGUGCAUCCGCGACUGUGGACACCUUCCUUAACCUUUCAGCCUUAUCUCUUAAUGUGGGCACAAUUGACAGUACCAACGCGCUAGGGUUGUUCAGCGUUAAAUGAGUAAUGUGCUUACUUAGCAUACGCCUGUCCCACACUCGGCGUUCAAUAAAUGUUUGCGUUUAUUGCAUGUCUUGAUUUGGUGUUCAAGGGCAGAAGGGAACCGAGCAAAGAUCCUGCACGUCCAAAGAGAAAGCUGCACACCCGUAAUCCAGCCUCGAUAAAUAGCGCUUAGCGCUAGAGUGCCCCGGAGGCCCAGCCUUUUGCUCUUCUAGCCACAUCAACUCUGUGGUAGUGAACCAUAGAGUGGCGGAAGUGGCUCGUUCCUUCCUCUUUUGAUCCAACGGCUUGGCGAAGCUUCUGGGGACUUCUUUAGCGCGGGGAAUUGUGGGAUAUCUGGGCGGCCCUAACACGGAGAAGAGAGGAGUAGCGGUUCCCUGAAGAAGUUGCCAAAAUGAUGCCCACACCAGUUAUAUUAUUGAAAGAGGGGACUGAUAGCUCCCAAGGCAUCCCACAGCUUGUGAGUAACAUCAGUGCCUGCCAGGUGAUUGCCGAGGCUGUAAGAACCACUUUGGGUCCCCGUGGCAUGGACAAGCUUAUUGUGGAUGGCCGAGGCAAAGCAACAAUUUCUAAUGAUGGGGCCACAAUUUUGAAACUUCUUGAUGUCGUCCAUCCUGCAGCAAAGACUUUAGUGGACAUUGCCAAAUCCCAAGAUGCUGAGGUUGGUGAUGGUACCACCUCAGUGACCCUGCUGGCUGCAGAGUUUCUGAAGCAGGUGAAACCAUACGUGGAGGAAGGUUUGCAUCCUCAGAUCAUCAUCCGAGCUUUCCGCACAGCCACACAGUUGGCAAUUAACAAGAUCAAAGAGAUUGCUGUGACGGUCAAGAAGCAAGAUAAAGUGGAGCAGAGGAAGCUGCUGGAAAAGUGUGCCAUGACAGCUCUGAGCUCCAAGUUGAUCUCCCACCAGAAAGCCUUCUUUGCUAAGAUGGUGGUUGAUGCCGUGAUGAUGCUUGAUGAUUUGCUGCAGCUUAAAAUGAUUGGAAUCAAGAAGGUGCAGGGUGGAGCCCUAGAGGAGUCGCAGCUGGUGGCUGGUGUUGCAUUCAAGAAGACUUUCUCUUAUGCUGGGUUUGAAAUGCAACCUAAAAAGUACAAUAACCCCACAAUCGCCUUAUUAAAUGUUGAACUCGAGCUGAAAGCUGAGAAGGACAAUGCCGAAAUCAGAGUCCAUACAGUGGAGGAUUAUCAGGCAAUUGUUGAUGCUGAGUGGAACAUUCUCUAUGACAAAUUGGAGAAGAUCUAUAAUUCUGGAGCCAAAGUUAUCUUGUCCAAACUCCCUAUUGGGGAUGUGGCCACACAGUACUUCGCCGACCGGGACAUGUUCUGUGCCGGCCGGGUACCUGAGGAGGAUUUGAAGAGGACAAUGAUGGCCUGUGGAGGCUCAAUCCAGACCAGUGUGAAUGCUCUAUCUGCAGAUGUGCUGGGCCGCUGCCAGCUGUUUGAAGAGACCCAGAUUGGAGGUGAAAGGUACAAUUUCUUCACUGGCUGCCCCAAGGCUAAGACUUGCACCUUCAUCCUCCGCGGUGGUGCUGAGCAGUUUAUGGAGGAGACAGAGAGGUCCCUACAUGACGCCAUCAUGAUCGUCAGAAGAGCCAUCAAGAAUGAUUCAGUGGUGGCUGGUGGUGGGGCCAUCGAGAUGGAGCUCUCUAAGUACCUGCGGGAUUACUCAAGGACUAUUCCAGGAAAACAGCAGCUAUUGAUUGGGGCAUAUGCCAAGGCCUUGGAGAUUAUCCCACGUCAGCUAUGUGACAAUGCUGGCUUCGAUGCCACAAACAUCUUGAACAAACUGCGGGCUCGGCAUGCCCAGGGAGGCAUGUGGUAUGGGGUGGACAUCAACAAUGAAGACAUUGCUGACAACUUUGAAGCCUUCGUGUGGGAGCCUGCUAUGGUGCGGAUCAAUGCCCUGACAGCAGCCUCUGAGGCUGCAUGCCUUAUCGUGUCUGUUGAUGAGACUAUCAAGAACCCUCGCUCCACCGUGGAUGCUCCUCCAGCAGCCGGCCGGGGCCGGGGCCGGGGCCGCUUCCUUUGAGAGGUCCUACACAUGACACUGGCUGGCAGCUGGCUGCAGGUGUGCUUGCCCUUCCUGGCUUGGUUCAUUGGUGUUUUGAAGAUGUGGUCACAAUUGGCCUGCUCUGUUCUGGAGGUUAUUUAAAUAAAACUUAAGACUUAGACUUA